AUGAAUGUCGAGCAAAAGGAGCAUUCUCAACAGGUGCAACAAACGCCAGUUAAAGAAACGAAGAAAUUACAGUUACAAACAAAUGUUUCAAAUGAAGAUAUUCCACCGUCAAUUCUAAAUGUAUCUCCACCACCAACUUCGCCUAAUAGAGAACUACCAAUAAUUGAAGAUAAUAAAGGGACGGUCAUGGCUGGUGGAGCAUAUCUUAAAGAUCAAAAUAGUAGGGAAGAGAAACCUGAGUUCGCUAGUACAUCUCAUCAUAAGAAAGCUCCUCUGGUGCAUGCUCAUUUUGAAAUGAGCCAGUUAAAGAAUCGAUCCAGAAGUGGAUCAAAUCCAUCGUCAGUUCAACUAGAAGAAACUCAACAACAAUCACAAUUACAAUCACAAUUACAAUCACAAUUACAAUCACAAUCACAAUCACAAUCACAAUCACAAUCACAAUCACAAUCACAACAACAACCAACUCAACCACCUUUAUUCCUAAAUGAUUCAUCAACUACAAAAUCUCAAGAAAGUAUAAAGAGUAAUCCACGAAGUACUCAAACUCCACCUCAAUUACUAUCUACAAAUUCAUCCUUUAUGGAACAGCAAUCCAAUACUGAUCCAAGACUACCUACCAAUGAUGAUAAAUUUCAUAUUUUAUUAGGAGUUUGUGCUUCUUUAAGUUCCAGUAAGAUUAAAUUGAUAAUUAAUAAAUUAUUUGAGAUUUAUAAACCUGAUAAAAUAUCAAUUCAAUUAAUUUUAACAAAAUCUUCUGAAAAUUUUAUUCUUCAAGAAACAAUUACAUAUUUAAAAAGUGUUAAAAAAGUACGAGUUUGGAGAGAUGAAGAUGAGUGGACCACAUGGCAAAAGAGAAAUGAUCCAGUUUUACAUAUUGAAUUACGACGUUGGGCUGAUAUAUUCGUUAUAAGUCCAUUAACGGCAAACACUUUAUCUAAAAUUGCCUUGGGAAUUUCUGACAAUUUAUUAACUUCGGUAGUUAGAGCUUGGAAUACUGCUUAUCCUAUAUUAUUAGCUCCUGCCAUGGUUAGUUAUAGUUAUAAUGCUAUUACUACUAAAAGACAAUUAAGAUUGAUUUCUGAUGAAAUGCCAUGGAUUGAAAUUUUAAAACCACUGGAAAAAGUAUUUGGUAGUUAUGGUGAUAUUGGAAUGGGUGGAAUGAUGGAUUGGAAUGAAAUUGUGAAUCAAAUAGUAAUGAAAAUGGGUAGAUUUCUAAAAAUUGAAGAUGAAGAAGAUGAAGAAGAAGAAGAGGAAGAUAAGGAGAAUGAUAAAAAAGUAGAAAAAGAUGAAGAAGAAGACGAAGAUGAGGAUGAGGAUGACGAAGAUGAAGAGGAUGAAGAAGAUGAAGAAGAUGAAGAAGAUGAUUCAAGAGAUUAG